ACUGGUCGCUGGGCGGCGGGCCGGCGGGCGGCGCUCGGCAGCAGCCUUGGUCUGCACUGGCCGCCGCACCCCUCCCCCCCCCCCCCCCCGGCGGCGGGCCGGAAAGUGGGACCGGACCGUCCGUACCGCGGCGGACGACAUAGCGUGUGUAGCGGCAGGAGGGCGUCAGUCAGGCCCGGGACGCCACCGGACAGACACGGCUGGCAGGCAGUGGCCGAGCGGCUGACAGACUCCGACUCGGCUGGGACGCCCGCAGUCUGAACGGUGGACCGAUCCCACAGCGCCGGAGGGGUUGUCGACAGUCGGAGCGGGUGAUCGCUGCUCUCUGUCAUAGUCACCCAUCGAUACUGCGGUCCUGAGUCACCAUGGGCGCCAGCACCAGAGCGGCCGGGGCUUCAGCCGUAUGGAGCUGCUGAAGGGAAGCAGCGAGUUCUGCCGAGCCCAGCACAAAUAAAGUGUCAGAGCGCGCGCCGCGCCUGUGCUGGACAGUGCGUGUCAGUGAGGCUGCUGCCGUGCCCGAGGCCGGGUCACCGCGCGGACUGGGUGCCACAUGGGGUGAGGCGUGCACGGGGCCGCCGACAGCUGCGCCGCGCCGUCCGUCCGUGAGCUGUGGGCGCCCGCCGCGCCCCGAGUGGCUGUGGUGCGCGCGAGGAGCGCUGCAGGGUCCACCCCGGGCCGCCGCCGUCUGACCCGCGCCCGGCACACACUGACAUGAGCAAUAUGAGGAACAAGAGCAUCCGACCGGCGCCCUCCGAGAUUGAGUACAAGGGCAUGCGGUUCCUGAUCACGGACCGACCCACUGAGAACACACUGGCUGCCUACGUAGAGGAGCUGAAGAGGCACAACGCGCGCUCGGUGGUGCGCGUAUGCGAGCCCACCUACAAGACGGACCUUCUGGAGCAGGAGGGUAUCUCCGUCACGGAUCUGGUGUACGACGACGGUACCUUCCCUCCUACUGCGGUGGUGGACGACUGGCUGGACCUGCUCCGUAAGCGGUUCCGCGCCGACCCCACCGCCUGCGUGGCGGUCCACUGCGUGGCGGGCCUGGGCCGGGCGCCCGUGCUGGUGGCGCUGGCCCUCAUGGAGCUCGGACUCAAGUACGAGGAUGCCGUCGAACUCAUCCGACAGAAGCGACGCGGCGCCAUCAACGCCAAACAGCUGCAGUAUCUGGAAAAGUACCGUCCCCGCUCUCGGCUGAAGCUGAAGAACGGCCACAAGGCCGGCUGCUGCAUCCAGUAGUUGGCAGCACCGCCGCGCCGGCAGGUGGCAGCACCGCCGGGCCGCUGCCGCCGACAUAUCAUUGAGUUGUCUCUUCUGCGCGGCGUUAGGUUCUGGAGGCGGUCCGGCUCUCGUGGCGUGAUGUGCAUGUGUGCUGUUUGCCGGCCACUCUUCCUGCGGCCGCCGGCAGCCCCUGGACGCCAGAAAGGUGCGCUAUUGCGCGGCCCGGCGGCUCCCGCCCCGGCCUGACCCCAAUGUACCGAGCUGGCGGCUCGCGCCCGGCCAAUGAACUGUUCGGAGCAUGCCUGCGCCCGACGGGGGCGCUGCCUGCUGGCCGCCCCGCGAACUAUAAUUGUCGGCCGCGCCCGCCGAGCGCGGUCGUCCGUUUCUCCUAGGUUUGUUUUUGUUAUAUGCGCUCGUGGGGGGCCGUCGGCGGGCGCGGUGGCCGCGGCUCCGAGCGGGUCGCGCCCAGCUCGGUUUUACUAAUCUGUGACCACAUAGUCGGAGUGCGAGUCGCCUGGAACGUGCGUGUUUCUACUGUAGACAAAUGACAAAUAAAUCUGUGUAUUCGGCC